AUGACUGUCGUUCACAUCGUCCUCUUUAAGUUUCGCCCGGAAGUCACAGACGACCACAAGGCGACUUUUGUUCGAGAACUUAAGACCCUCAAAACUCUUCCCUGCGUGAAGGCGCAACGUCUCGUCGUCGGCGGCCCAUCAAUCACAGACCCCAUAGAGCGCAGUAAAGGGUAUCAUUUCGCGCUUCUGAGCUUCCACCAGGAUCGUAAAGCACUUGAAGAGUAUCAAGCCAGUGCAGAGCAUCACAGGGUAACUAGUACAUACCUAUGGCCAUUCAAGGAGGAUGUCACCAGAUUCGACUUUGAGGUUGACCAGGAGGAUGAGCACAUGUGGGAUUUUGUUGCAAAGGGAAUGGUAAAUGGUUCUUCGUAG